GCGCAAAUGAAACUUAAUGGGUCUACCUAGUUGGAGCAGCUCCAGGUCAAAUGGUUGCAUCUCCUCUCCGCCCAGCGAAUGCCCCAAACAACACACCUCCAGGUUUGUUGACAGAGGAGGCGCUGGUGGAGGAGAUAGACCGAAGGCAAGCCGAGCUCCAAGGCAUUCAAGAUGAAUUGGCGCUGCGAAGUGCGGAGGAACAGCGGCUCCUCGAGGAGUUGCCACAAGAGCUCCCGCGAACAUGCGGCCAGUGUGAUGCGCGCUUGCUGAGCCUGAAGUCUUUGUUCAGAGGGCUCUCCCGAAUGUGUGACAUCGCCUUGCAACUCCACAGCCCCGCUGGCGACGCCUCUGAGCUUCCCUUAUAUGUCACUCACCAGUAUUUGCUGGAGUUGGCAGAUGUGGGACAAAGCUGCAGCCAGGUCGAUCCGCGCUUUGCACAAGUCGCCAGCUAUGCCAAUCAGAAAGCGGUUCAGAUCCAGGCCCAGGCACUUGCAACGCCACAGACACCGACGCCCAUCCGUGAGGCUGAAACACCUGCACUGGCGGAUGGUUGAGGCGUUGGUCGAGGAUUAAUGAACCUCCUGUAGUUAGGAUUUGCCCUGCAUGUGCCAGACUUGCUUCAAGCAGACUUGUGGGGAUUUGAAGUGUUUCAUUCCUGG